GCGCCGGACCCCAGCGUCCACGUUGACCUACAGAGGUGAUUAAUUGACUCCGUCCAUCCCAGAGGAGGGAAACUGCCCUCCUGCAUCUCUGACCACUAGUCCUCUCCGUCAGUAGAGUGCAGCUCAAGUGGAGGAAGCAAGCAUGCGAGAGUAGCUAGGAUGCGUGGACAAUGGCGCCGGUUAAAGGGAAACUAUAUCAGCGUUUGCUGCUGUUCGUGCUCGUGUUUCUUCCAAUCUCAGGUAUUUUAGGCUUUAGUGAAUUAUUUUUCACCAAGGAGCCCCGUGAUGUGACUGUCAUGAGGAAGGAGGCAGUUAUCUUGGACUGCCAAGCACGAGGAGAGGCCCCCGUUCACAUCCGAUGGCUCAAGAGCGGAUUAAAGCUGGUGGAGAGUGAACGGGUGUACCUGCUGCCCAAUGGCUCCCUUUACUUUUCAGAGGUGGAGAGCAGAAGAGGAGACAAAUCAGAUGAAGGGUGCUAUCAGUGCCUUGCUCAGAACAAGUAUGGAACAAUCCUGAGCCAGAAAGCCCGUCUUACAAUCGCAAGUAUGUCCUCUUUUGCACUUCAGCCAACGUCCAUAGUGGUGACUGAAGGCUCAAUUGCCAGGUUUUCUUGUAAAAUCAGUGCGCACCCGCCUCCCAUCAUCACUUGGGAGUUCAAUCGAGUCACAUUACCCCUCUCCACUGAAAGAAUCACAGUCCUGCCCAGUGGGGUCCUGCAGAUCCACGGGGUGCAACAAGCAGAUGCAGGACAUUACCGCUGCAUUGCCACCAACAUCGCCAGCCGCCGUCGAAGUGCAGAAGCCACCCUCACCGUCACUCCAUUCCCAGGCCCCCAUCUUCCUCAAAGACCCCACAUUAUUGCUGGACCAAAGAACAUGUCCGUGUCGCUGCACCAGAGUGCCAUCCUGGAGUGCCUGGCCACAGGAAACCCACGUCCCCUCAUCUCCUGGAGCCGAGCUGACAGCAAAUCCAUCGAUGUUUACAACACUAAAGUGUUGGGAAAUGGCAACCUUCUAAUCACUGACAUUAAGCCUCAGCACGGAGGGGUCUAUAUGUGCAGAGCCACUACUCCCGGCACACGCAACUAUACCGUCUCAUCAGCCAAUAUCACUGUGUUAGGUAAAGGUUUGUUUUACUUUCUUUUUUUUGUAUUUUAUGAUAAACUAAUCUCACCCCGUUUACUUUUUUUCCUUCAAAAUGUAGCCCCACCGUCCCUGGUGGAAUGGCCGGAGAGCUUAACCCGUCCACGUGCUGGCACUGCUCGAUUUGUGUGUCAUGCUGAAGGAGUUCCUACACCUCAGAUCACAUGGUUCAAAAACGGAGAGAAAGUUCAGUCCAACGGUCGGAUCAAGAUGUACCACAGUAAACUGGUCAUCAACCAGAUCAUCCUGGAAGACGAUGCCAUCUAUCAGUGCCAGGCAGAGAACGAGCUGGGGUCGGUCCUCUCCAUGGCCAGACUCAUCGUGGUGAUGUCGGAGGACCGGCCGAGCGCACCCAGAAACAUCCGGGCCGACACCGUGUCGAGCUCUGCCAUCCUUCUGGCCUGGGAAAGGCCUCAGUAUAACGCUGAUAAAGUCAUCGCAUAUUCUGUACACUACAUGAAGGCUGAGGGAUUAAACAAUGAGGAAUAUCAAGUUGUCAUUGGAAACGACACCACUCGCUACAUUAUUGAUGACCUGGAGCCUGCCCGCAACUACACCUUCUAUGUCGUGGCCUACAUGCCCAUGGGAGCCAGUCGCAUGUCAGACCAUGUCUUCCAGCACACAUUUGAGGAUGUUCCCCUCCGGGCUCCAGAGCUCAGCCUCACCAGCCGCAGCCCCACAGACAUCCAAGUGUCUUGGCAGCGUCUUCCGAUGAAGCUGAGUCGUGGUCACAUUUCUGGGUACCGCUUGUCCUAUCGCACCAGUUCUGAGAGCGCAGUGUCUCAAAUUGAGCUGCCAGGGGAAAAGACCCAAUAUUUCCUGGAAAACCUGCAGCCAGACACCAUCUACCUGCUGCGUAUUGCUGCAGCCACCAGCGCAGGAUGGGGCGAGCAGUCUGCCUGGACUUCUCAUCGUACUCCAAAGGCUUCCAGUGCUCAAGUUCCCCUGGCUCCUGAGCUGCAUCUGGAGCCUUUAAACUGCACAACGAUUUUAGCUCGCUGGCAUCUGACACCGAGAAGUUCAGCCAGAAUGCAGGGCUUCAAGCUCUUCUACCACGAGGAGACCCAGCCUGAGAGCGCCCCAGUUCAGCUGAGCGCCUCUGUUAACAAACACAUCAUUGAAGGCCUCGAUCCGAGGAAGAAGUACCACGUCAAACUUCUGGCUUAUAAUGUUGAUGAAGAUGGGUACCAAGCAGAUCAGACCGUUAGCACCCCGGGAUGUGUCUCUGUUCGGGAUCGCCUGGUGCCUCCUCCACCUCCUCCACACAACGUCCACGCAAGGACCAAUACUUCCACCUCUGUGUUUCUACAAUGGAGCCGACCGGCAUUCAGCUCCAGCCAUGCGGUCAACUACACCAUACGCUGCAACCCCGUAGGCCUGCAAAAUGCAUCUCUGGUGCUCUACUUGCAAACCAACGAGCAGAGCUUUGUGGUACGUGAUCUGGAGCCCAACACCAAGUAUGAAUUUGCUGUUCGUCUUCACAUUGACCAGCUGUCCAGCCCUUGGAGCCCCGUGGUCUACCAAACCACUUUACCUGAAGUUCCCACACAGCCCCCGUCCAACAUCAAAGUGACUCUAAUUGAGGAAGACACAGCUCUUGUCUCCUGGAAACUCCCGGACGAACCCAAUGUUGCGGUGACGCACUACACUGUCCUGUACGCCUCUAGAAACACGUGGGUUGCUGGGAAAUGGCAAAUGCUGCGGAAAGAGGGAAGCUUGACAAUGGCGCUUUUGGAGAACCUCAAGCCUGGCCAGGUUUACCUGGUUAAAGUUUCUGCGUCCAACCAAAUGGGCGACGGUCCAUUCUCUCAGGUGGUGGAGCUGGCAGUAAGAGCAGAUCUCUCAGCUGGAAAAGAUAUCCGGUUCUCCAGUGGCUCCUCACACUCCACAGGCUUUUCUGAUGGAUUCUAUCAUCUAGACCAAAAAUCAAUGACGGGUAUUAGUGUGGGUGUGUGCAUUGCUCUCACCUGCAUCAUUAUCUGUGCCUUCAUCAUCAUCUGCAGAGGCAAAAACAGGAAGCUUUCGGCUGUGAAGAUCUACAGAAACGGUGUGAGCAGAUCCACCACACCUGUCGGACAGCAGGGAUCAGAGGGACAGGUGGAGAAUGCUGAUGUGACCAUGCCAAUGAUGAGCCAAAGCCACUUUGUAGAUGCUAAGGGUGGAACAAACCUUAUAAUCAAUUCUCUUGGGCCCGUUGAGCCCAGCUCUCAGAAGAAAAAGAAAUGGUCUCUCUUCAGCAGUGACAUGAAAAAGGAGAGCGUUACCAUGCAGGGACACGGCAUUGUCUCCUAUCAGUCCGGCACCACAAUGCUGACCUACGAAGAAGAACUGUCCAUCUCUCCAAACCAGCCCUCCACCUUUCAGGCCUUGCUGGAACAUUCAGGCGACACGGAGAGAUCUUCCAACAGCGAUGGCAGCCAUGAAACCGGUGACUCUGGCCGCUACUCACACGACGAGACAGAGUUGACCAACCUGUCUUCUGGUCCAAACAGCCGCCCGCUGUCUCUGUCGGCUGAGGACAGCAGCGGGGACUCGGACUGCAGCGGUCCUGCUGAGAGACAACACGAGCUGUCAGAGGAAAGCCAAAUGGACCUGAAGGAGAUGAUCUGCUGAUAAUGUCUGCAGUCAGUGUGAAGCCAGAGAAGUUUUCAGUCUGCGUGUGUGCAGGCAUGUUAUGUGUGUAUGUUGGUGUGUGUGUGUGCAUGUAUUAAGGCAGUGACUUGCAACCAAUGCAACAUUAUGCAGGAUAUCCUAGCCUGCUGCUAAUCAAUGUAACACAUCCAAAAGGAAACCACUUUGCAGAAACAAGUCAUUUCUUAAAUGUACAUUAAAACAGUUUAUUUAUGAGAUUCAUGUACCAGAAGUCUUGGAAGUUUAGGACAUCAAAAAACAGAGCUUGUAAAGCUUUGGAAAUCCUCUUUUGAAAUUCUCUUCAAGUUUGUGGAAGAGGUGGCAGUGGCUUUAUCCAGGUCUCCAACACAAAGAAAAUGUAUCUCUUAAAACCUGUAGAAGUUGUUUUUGGAUUGCAAGCACACCGCCGGACUGAUUGUCAGUGUGAGAGUUGUGUAAGCUGUGUGAAGAAGCAGAAAGAGCGAUCAUCUUUAACUCUCUAAACAGGAAGCCAGCGAAGACCUGCACAUGAUCAGUUGUUGGCAGAGAGGUUGAGUUGGUUUCCAUGGCUUCUCUUUCAAUGAAUGUCUUUUUUUAAUUUUCUUUUUCUGUAUAUUUUGGAAAAAAAAAUCUCACCCACCAUGAAUGUUUAAAGAAAUUUAUCAAAUGUCAGGGAAGUGACAUAUCUGACAUUAUUUAUGAGAGUUUAUCACUGGAGCAGAAGGGGAGUGUGAGGUCUUUCUGCUUAUAAUCUACCUCAGUUUACCUCAAGGUAAACUUUCCACUAUAUCUUUUUCUAACUACUUUAGGUUACGUGAUGGGCUGCUUCAUUUACACGUCUUGUUAUACUUCCUGAUAACUUUUUGUGUAAUUGUCGUCCCGUUUUUUUUGUUUGAUUUGAUGGAUGGUAAGGGCACUGCGGCUUCCUCCUCUCACUCCACCCAGUUGUGUGGAAUGAAGGAUCUUAUCACACCCUUUUGUUAUUUGUCUCCUCAGACGAUGCUGAGGUACUGAGCCAGUAUUAAUAAUAUUUUUGUCCAUUUUUAACUUUGAAAGAAAUAAUGAAUGUCCGUUUUUGUUUUGUACGCUCGUGUGCAGCUGCCCUUACUAUUCCUGUUUUAUACUACCUCGUUUAAGAGUAACUUUUGUUAUUGUAUUGAUUUCCUCCACUCAGGGAACAAGGUUUAGUACAUUGAAAAACCAUGUAGUGUUACAUGGUGAACAGACAGGGUAUCUUCUCAGUGCUAAACUAUUGUAGUGUGUAAUUUCCCAAUAGCUAUGAAUGUAUCUCUGACAUUGCGUGCCAGUAGCUCAGGAGUUAGUGCUGCCUUUUUUUCAUUGAUGCAAAUUGCCUCCUAGAUGACAGAGGGAGUCAGCAGAGCCUGUUGUUGUUGACUGCCUUGUUGGACUAUAGAUUGACACCAGAAGUGCUUGCAGUGACAUAUUGGGUUAGAAAAGCUUUAUAAUACUUGGCCUUAAUGUGGACAGUGUUCCUCAGAUGACAGACACCAAAGCCUAAUCUGUCUGAGGGAGCAACUCCACGUGAGGAUGCGAUGAAGAAUGAUUGUAGUGUGUCUAAUCACAGAGACUGAAGUGAAGAAUGCUAUAAAAUGUUUUACCUCUAAAAUUCUAUUUUUCUUAGAAGUUAUUGUACUUCAGAGGAGUACAAUUCGUAGUUAUUUUGUAGCUAGUUUUUGUUUUUAUGUAGAUUAGAUACAGAUUAGCACUUGUAGUUUUGUAUUUCGAGCCAAUGUGCAGCGGUGACUGCAAAGCUAUUACCCAAAGACUUGUUUGCGGAUUUCGUUUGCUGUGGUUUCUCGACUAAUCUCUGGCGAAAGGUCACAGAGGAAGGAGAAAUAAUCAAAAUGCAUCAGACCAAAGAUGAAAUGUGGCCUUAGAGAUUAGUUGAGGCGAUGCACCGCAAACAAAGCCAAGUAUGUUAGUGGCCUUAGAGCGCUGAGCUUUGCAAACUUACAGAAAGUGUUAGCAGAUGCUUUAUGGAGUUACUAAUAAUAAUCAGUUUUAUGCACACUGACCAAACUAUCCUGCUGCGGAGUUAUUUGUAAACUGUUGCAAACAGAUGUCUGUAUAGUAGGUGAAUAUUAUAAGAGAUGUAUACAGUGUAUUAUAUUGAUUAGUAGUCUGUGUUGCAACAGUGCAGUUGCAUGUAAAUGUGCACCCACUGGGAUUUUUCCAUGUAAGUGGACGAUAAUUUUCUCUGCCCUUUUAUUUUAAAAAAAUAUACUCAAUUAAGUAAUUAUAGAGAGAUAUGUUUAUAUUUUGAUAUUUUAUCAUUUUGAGAGAUCACUUCUAAAAAUACGUAAAGUUUAUUUUAUGGCUCAUGAACGUUUCAGUGGGUGCACACAAGUUGUCAUGCUUCUGUUUUUAAUCAGUGGACUCUCCGAAGGAUUCAAUCAUUAUAAAGGGAAGUGAUUUGUGCGUUUCAAUCAUUUUAACUCUAAAGGGCAAACAGUUUGAACCAAAGAUUUUGAAAUAGUCACCGUUGCAUAUUGGUGCAAGAUAUCAGUUCAAAAGUUUCCUAUCUGUGUGACACUCGAUCAAUUCCAGUGUUUUUAUGCUCAUCUUUUACUGUGUGAAAGCAGGAUCAUCAUAAAUUCUGCUGAAAAAUCUUCUUUUUUUUGUUUUGUUUUUAGCUCUGUCUUGUCACAAUGCUUUAGCAAACUUUAAACAAAGCAAACAUUUUAGUUUGAUUGUUGUAAAAUCAGUCCUUUCAUGCAUCAUGUAUUAGUGGAGCUUCAAACACCUAAUCUUGAAUUUGUCAGAAAGAAAACCGUUGUAGUGACCAAACCAAAGCUUUUGGAGUCACACCGGUUCUAGUUUUGGGUUGUUAAUAGUUACCAAGGUACAUAGGUGCUAACUUUGGUGUUUAUUUUGUUUGUUGUAUUUUCAGUUCAGAUGACACAGAACUGGGUAGUGUGUGUCUGUAAUCAAAGACAAAAGACCCAGGAUGUAGGUCUGCUGCUUUUCUUGUCAAAUGCUGGAUUGAUGUUCUUGUCCGAGGAUGUGAAUUUAAAGGGAUAAAACACGGAGUUUACUCUUUGUUUUCCCUUCUUGGCUAUGGAGCACUGCGGGUUAUUUACAGUCUUGCUCAGGGGAACCCGCGGCUGCUCUACAGUGAGGAGAAAACAGGUUUCAAAAUAUGAAAUUGAAUGUACUUUUUUUGUAAUGAUUAUGCUAUCUGGUAUUUUCUGUUGAUGAUUUGUUAUAUUUUUGUGACAUGGAAAUGAUUAGCAAGUUUUUUUUCCAAGUGUUUCAAGGGCAUUUUAGAUGAUGCUUUAUUAUGAAAAAGUCCGAUUCUCACUUUGAAUAAAAAUACAAAAAAAAAUGUACGAUGGUAAAAU